AUGCUAUUANACUGUUCGAAUCACUUUAGAUUAAGCUGCAGAAUUAGUAGGCUGUCCACGAAAAACAUUAGAAGAUUAUUAUUAUCUAUUAAGGAAAGCUUAGACUUUAGGUAUAUAUUUAUAAAUUUAAGUUUUAGUUAAUUUAGAUGA